UGAAUUCCGCUCACUCAGACCCGCGCCCGUCUCGCGGCCACCGCACGUACCUUACGAUUGAAUCAAUAUCAUCCAACUAAAUAAGUGUUUUCAUGUGAUUUAGUGACAUGUUGUGACAGUGCAGUGACGAAAUGGAGUCGACUCCGAUUUGUAGGUGCCGUGUCUUAUAUCUAGGCUCCGCAGUGCCACAACAGAGCAAGGAUGGCUUACAAGGUAUUCAGGAACCUUUACGUGAGUUAUAUCCGGAAAAGGGAGCAACCACCGGCGGGAUAGACUCGUGGCUCUCCGUCUGGUCGAACGGCAUCUUGUUGGAAAAUGUUGAUGAGAGCGGGUCUAGAGUGGCGAGGUUUUUUCCUAUAUCAAGUUUACAUUAUUGCGCGGCUGUUCGUCGAGUGACCGUAGAGGGUGCGCCUAGAUUUUUACCCUUGGAUUCACCGUUUGCUCGAGCGCCUGCCCCGCGACGUCCUCCUUUAUUCGCGGCUGUUUUACGACGUACUCAAGGUAUAAAGGUACUGGAAUGUCACGCCUUUAUAUGUCGCCGUGAGGCGGCUGCCAACGCACUAGUCCGAUGUUGUUUUCAUGCUUACGCCGAUAGUUCAUAUGCGAAACGUUUGGAGGCAGAGCGGGCGCCAUCGCAACUACCCCCCGAACACGAAGAGGAGCUUGAAGUUUUCGACGGCGACGAAAAUCAUAAAGUGUGGGUCGGAGAGGUCGAACGUGACGAUGCAAGCGACGACAUUCCGCACCCUACGCGAGCACCGCGACCUCGACAGAUCACACGGCCCGCGUCUGUGCCUCCGCCUCCGCCUCCGCCCGAGGAACCCAAAAAGAAAUCGACUACAAAGAAAAUAAAGAAAAAGUCAUCUGCAUCGGCCGAUGAAUUGUAUGCAACUAUGCCCGGGCCGGCGCCGGUAAUGAAUGGCAGGUCUUUGGGGCGUGCGCCUCCAGCAUGGGCGGCUGCACAUCCCAUGGUGUUAGUGGCACACCCAGCAGCGACACUGCCGCAUGCUCGACCUGCUACGUUAGGACAUAGGGGUCGUGUGCCGGCUGCUUUGCCUCCAGGUCCGUACAUGGGAGGACCCCCUCAAGCGAGGGGCCGAUUACAAUAUGCCACAGUUGAUCCUAGACGCUCAAAACCUCCGCCACCGGCUAUGAAAGCUGCUCAGAGUAUGACAGGACUAGAGGCGGUGGAUGACGCAGGCGGUAUAUACAGAAAAAAAGGUCAUCUGAAUGAGCGAGCAUUUUCAUACAGCAUAAGACAAGAACACAGAAGUCGGUCGCAUGGAUCUCUCGCUAAUCUGAAGUUUGCUGCUCCACCUGAGGUGGAAUCCGGUCGUGAGGAACUGAAGAAGGAGCGAGAGAUCAUGCAGUUAGUGGCCGGGUUGCAGCUCGGCCCUGACGAGGUGGAGAGACGGGAAGUGCCACCACAUCUGCUUAGAGCAAGACAUGCGCCCAGAUAACACAAUGCCUAGGCAGCCGCUGUGCCAUUUCUCUGACGAGAUGACUUUUUGCGGCACUGAAAGCUCAAAUUAUCGCAACCUGAAUAGAAAUUACGAAUAGAACAUCAACCAAAUACUUCUCUUUCGCUGGUAGUCCAAACUUACGUAGCGAUGUUAAAUGCAUUGUUGUAGAUGCAUAAAUAAUCACACAUGUCGAUUACAAAAUCGAAUUAUGUUUAAUUUUACAAUUAGUCAUGAACUUGUUUAAAUACAGUCGAUUGUAGUGUAGUUAUAAAUUUACUUGGUAUAGUGUCCGAAUUCUUGUGCUAAGUGUGAUCUGAUCGCGAUCUGGAAGCUUAAUUAUGUAACGCUGUAACUAACAAUUAUCAUUUGGAAUAGAUUUCAACCUACAAUUUGUAUUUAUGUAAGGACUAUAUCUCAGUAGCCGUGCAUCGUAGCUUUCAUCUGGAACUCUCAAAUGGUUCGUAGAAAAUCGCAAAAGCAAUAUUAAUGAUAGGAUAUGUCCACAUCCAUGCGGCUUAUAUAAUGCUAUUAUUAAUAAUUGUCAUUUGAAAUAAGUUAAAAAUUACAAAUUUGUAAUUAUGUACGGACCAUUUCAGAUAGUUGUAGACAUUAUAGAAAUUGGAUAUUUACUCAUAUAAUAUUAUUUUUGAGUUUCCAUUCUUUCGACGAUGUUUUUAGCGUCUUAUUAUACGACUAGAGACGGCAGUGGACCUGUCAAAUUCGUCUAUUCGCUUUCUAGUCUGAAAUUCUCAAAUGCCUUAUAAAAAAAAAUCAUAUUUAUUGAUUUUAAUACGUUUAAAACAAUUGAGAAUUGUUGUUAAUUUUAUAUAAUUAAGCUUCUGAUCAGGCUAAAUAAAUAUUUAUAAGUCGUCAUGCACUUUUUUACUUUUAAAUUAAUCGCUAUCGUUUUCACUUUACCAGAAUUCGGAUCUAGAUGUUGUAUUAUUUCAAGAAGUGUACAUAACUUUAUAUUUUACUAUAUCAAAUUUCAUUUUAUAAUUUUAGCUAGUUAUUUUAACGAUCUGAUAAAAAUAUAACAAAUGAUUUGUACUUAUUAAUAUUUAUUUCGUAAAUAUAUAGAACAUAAAUAAACAUAUGUGAUUAGCUCUAUACGAAAUAAAUAAAUGAAUGGCGCUGGAUUCCAUCAAAUGCCUGAUACUACAGCGAUAUUCUGAGGUGGGUGUAUCUCAAUGCACCCAACUUCAAGCCGAUUCAGAAAACUUGGUUUGAUAGUAUGGUCUAACCAAGACUACAACCUGGUAGUUCAUCGCGUACAUCAAUAUGUCUACCACAACACAACAGAGUUUGUUGUAGAAAUUAAAGGGCCUACUAUUUGAUGCUCGAUGCAUAACUGAUAAAAUAUCUCAAACUUAUUGUAUGUGAAUUAUGAAUAUUAUGCAAAGGAAUGUCUAGACAUAAAAUGAUGUACGUAUUUAUAAAUAACUGAAUCAAUUUCCAUAAUACAACGAAUACGUGGAUACAUAUUAAACUAAGUAACUUACUUGUCUGUUUUUAGAUUCUCAGUGACCCCUUCUAUGUAAUAACUUCAAAAUAUGUACACAGAAAUAAUGUUCACUUGCUAAUACAACAUUGAUUAUUGAAAAUUUGUUUGUCAAGAAGAAAAUAAUUAAUGGAUAAGAAUAACGAAGAUAUAUUAUAAUAAUAGUUAUACCCAUUGAUAUGUUAAAAUAACUGUUGUCCUUGAAUAUAUGCAAUUAUUGAGGUAUAAAAGAAAACUAAAAAAACAGCGUUUUAUAAACAGCGGUUUUACAUAACAGAAAAUUGCAUCCAUAAAGUAUUAUUGAUUCGAUGAAUAAGGUAGACGUUGGUAACAUUUGAAUAUGUUGUGCUUAUUUUUAAUAGAUGGUAAAGGAAUGGCGCACCCGCGUGUGAGUAGGGUUGUAGUUAUACCCUGUAGGUGCCAGUGGUAAG